AUGCAAGUGUUCCAGAACGGCUCUUUAACGCCCACAGCACAGCUCGUUUGUGGUGGUUAUGCAAUAUGGCGCUGCUUUCGCGAUCAGCCUGGUGUGCGAAGCUCGCGUGAGCGCCAUGUUGCCUGGAAAUCCUAUGUCGACCUGGUAGAGCAGGUGAGUGCGCAGUCAACUUCGGCACACGGUCUUGAAGCGAGCGACUGUGGCAGUUCAGAAGAGGCGCGGGUGCUGGCGAGUUUACCCGCGCUCGGGGGCAUUUGGCGGCUUGCCCAGGCGCUGCUUUUUUGCGACGAGCCGCUUGAAAAUGUUUUGUCCAUCGACGAGUGUCUGCACCAGUGGUAUGCUGGCGUGAGUACCGCAGAACCCGAGCACCCGGAAAGCGCACCUUCUGAACGCUCCGGCACCCUGGACUGGCGGGCCGUUCAUCGCGCCUGCGCCCAGGGUCGACCUUCUGCUGCGCUGGAGCUGCUGGGCGCUGCGCUGUCCAAAAGCAGGAACGAUCGAGCGGGUGGCGACACACAACUGCUAGACGCGACAUCGGUUCUUGAGCUGGUGGCGGCAGCGCUGCACGAGGCUCCCGAAACACUCACUGCCCCGAACUGGAGACAAUGGCAGGAAGCGUGCGCUGUUGCCGCAGAGACGCUUUCACAGCUAGGAGCUAAUGGACGCAACAUAGACGGGCUCCAUGAGGCGAAUCAACUCCUAAAAUGCCUCAGUGGUGAGGAGGAAUUUUCCCUAGACGUUGUAAGGAACUGGGCGGAUGAUUUCAUAGCCCAUGUGUUGUACGGACGCGGAAGCUAUGAGGACGAGCGCUCAUUCGCAGCGCUCUCCUCGAAAGCAGCGAAAAGCGCUUGUCUGAGGUUUCCGCUCGCGUCCCCUGCCGAGUACCUCGAUACGAUACGAGAAGGCAGUCUGGAACCCGCUGCAGUGCUGUACUGGAUAUCCAACGCGAUAGCUAUGGGCCACUUUGAAGAAGCCAUAGUGGCACUGACACUUUUUCCCUUUGGGAUCUGGCACGCCGUUCACAUGGCGGACACAUGUUCUCCUCCGAGCGGUAUGACGUCCAUCGCAGGCCCGCUUAUGCAGCGAUACGCUGACACACUCAUGGAGCGCACUGAAUUUACCGACUAUUGGCGCAUGACUCUACGUUACCGGACGUCGUUUGCCGCGGCCAAUGCCGUGUCAGGAAUGCUUUUGGCCUUGAUCCCAUCCAGUCUGCAUUCUCUUCGGGAGCAACGGCUGUUCGAGGCCGAAGCAAUACGCAUGAUGCACCGUGCGGGAGUCGCCACUUUAGAGCGCGAGGCCUUGGGCGAUGCGCUGCACGCUGCUCGUGCGCGCCUGCUGGAAGCAAACGCAAUAUGGCCUGCUGCCUUCUACGAAUGGGUCCUUCUGGGGCAAAAAGAAAAGGCUUUGCGAUGUUGCACUGCACAGAUGCGCCGCCUGGAAAUCGGUGAUUCCGUGCGGUUGCCGGACAUGAUGUGGUUUCUUGCACAGAAGCAGAGUUUAUUGGACGCGUUUGAGGCUGCGCUGCAGGAUCGCCCGGCUCCUGCUUCCGUGGGUCAACAGCGGCGGCAAAUUUUAGCAGCGCUUGCGUUUUUGCCGGACUAUGCUCAGUUUUACGAGCUUAUCCUAUGCAAACUUCGCGGAAUAUUCCUCUCUGAUGAACAAAUUUUGGAGAUGCUGCAGCGAGCAAGCCGCAUGUUUUCCUCGACGGACUUGCCAGCGUGCUUACGUCGCCAGCUGCUCGAAAUCGUCAUUCAACACAUCUUGCCGCAGUGUGCGGCUCGAAACGUAUCCCCUGGACAUGAGAUCACGUACGCGUUGUUCGAUACCUGCUUAUGGAUGUCGACUGAUGUUCAUACAAGCGCUUCAGUGACUGAGUCCUCGAGCGAGGCCUCCGCAUGUGUCGCACCAGAGUCUCGCAUGGAUGAUGCCAGCAGGCACGGCGCCGCAGCGAAUGAUCAUGAGGUCGACCAGCCGAGCAUCCGUCACGACUGGCUGUCCGCACUCGCUCAGUGGAACGCAUUAUGGGUACAAGCAUUUACCGCGUGA